AUGGCGGGCUGCGGCUACAUGAACGCCGUCACACACACAGACCGACAGGAGAUGGUUCGGGUGGGCUUCCGAUGGGCGGCCAGGAAGAACGACACAAAGUGUAUCACAUUCUGGGCCACUGUUGUACCGUCCAGUGACGAGUGGCACAAGCUUUCAAAGGAGGUCUGCCCGCUGCCAGCCUCUAACUCCCAGAGCAAAUGCGGAAAUGGGUGGUCCCAACAUGGCGUCCAUUGCUACCUGGUCGGGCUGCAGAUGAGCACAUGGGAUGAGGCACGCUGGGAUUGCAAAGCCAGAGGGGGGACUCUGACGAGCAUAGCCAGCGACCUGGAGGAGAGUUUCGUGUCAGACAGUAUACUUCAAAGCGAAAGUUACAACAGUGCACAUGCAUUUUGGAUCGGGGGCCACGACAGACGGACGGAAGCCAACUACAUGUGGGUAGACGGAUCGCAGUUCAGGCAUUUCAACUGGUUUUCUGGAUGGCCAAACCACCACAACUACGCCUCCCAGCCCAGCGAUGACGGCCUGGGCAACGAGGACUGCAUCGCUAUCAGACAGUCCUUCCCCAUCCCAUCAGGAGGUCUUCAAAGCAGCAAUAAACUGUACUGGAACGACGAACACUGCCAAAACCGCAAUAGAUAUGUAUGUCGUAAGGAAAUCUCUUCAGUCUAUCUAGGAGUUGUUCCUGCCACCCCAUCGUGCAACAGGACACUAUCAGGGACUUCGGGAACUUUCUCCAGCCAAAACUUCCCUCGUAACUAUCCCCUGGACGUUGUGUGCUUCAUCACCAUAAACGCACCGGAGGGCCACAGGAUAGCGAUAGACUUCCUAUCGUUUAAGCUGGAGGAGAGUGACGGCUGCGUGGCUGACUACGUUGAAGUGAGGUCUCCUGGGAUAGCUCCCGUGAGGCACUGCGGGGACUGGACCAGGCGAGUGAAGCUGCUGCGGUACAUCACCAAUCAGCACGUGGUGACGGUCAAGUUCGUCAGCGACUAUGCCGUGACAUCUUCCGGGUUUGCCGCUAGAUUCUCCACGGAAAGAGGUGAGGGUCGUACCUAA